GCAUGUGUAUAUCGUUUAAUAAUUAUGAGAUCGCUCAAAAAAUUGUUAAUAAAACUAUCUAUUUCUCUUUGCUGUGUUAAUAAUGUUGUAAAGUGUGACUGAGGAUAGUUGCGCGGCUCAGAGUUAGUGCAAACUACUUCGAAGUAUCAACUACAAGUAGUGUGCCUCCGAACGUGCGAGGAGCGCGGACUUAUUUUCCGCCGCGGAAAACAAACGCAAUUAUCUCAAAGUGAUAACAGCUUGCUAUCAGUGUGUGAUAACUAACCAGUGAUAUAAGAUAAAACCAAUUGGUCGACGCCUGUUCUGUGUAACCAUUAUGUAAAAUUAAAGUGGUAAAAUGACGACCAUGGCUUCCAGAAAGACUAUAUCUAUCCACGAUUAUCCGGAGCACCUGAAUCCCUUCCGAGAAGACGAUAACCACAAUAAAAUAAGGUUCUGGACAAUAGGGCGAAAGAGAUCUAAUAGCAUUAAUUUCACGGGGAUUAAGGAGUUGAAAAAUUCUUGGGCCUUGCGAUCAUUUAUGAAAAAAGGAAAAAAGAGUGAGCAAACACCUAUUCCCAUAUCUACACCAAGUAAGCCUACUAACCAAUUAAAUGGAGAUAGCAGUCCUAUCGUCUUCAGAAGAGCUAUGCAGUACUCUUCAAUGUCCAGAAGUACAAUUUCUUCUCCGGGAACUGACCGCUAUGUGUAUGGGGGUUCCAUAACGCCAUUGCCACGUUCACGGUUUCAAGAACGUCUUCGUAGUUCACAGCAAGAUGUUAACACUUCUCCUAGUGCUACGCCACGAAUGGCUCGCAGUGAGAUAAUGGGUUCCAGGUUAAGUGUAGUAAGCACAAACCCCUUCGACGAACCGCCGAUACCUCCCGUUCGCGCUUCUAGAAGAAAGAAGAACCGCGCUCCGCCACCGCCGCCAGCUACCGAGAUGUCUGCAGACGAUUCGAUUAACUCGUCGGUUGAUUCAGAAAUGCGCAUUAGUGAAACUGAAAAUAAGAAAACCGAUGGUAUUGUUGAUGAUUUAGAUGAGUUGAACCUUAAAAUUGAACUUAAAAUAGUUGAGGAUGAAGAUCAAUUACACACAGAAAGCAAAGUUGGUCCGAAAGCUGCUUAUAUAGAAGAAGAUGAACCCUCUCUGCAAACCAGUCUAACCAAUAAUCAUAUAACGGAGACAGAAGAGAAAGGUGAAAAAAUAACAGAAAAUUUAAACAUAGUAAAUAAUUCCGAUUCCGAAGAUGACAUUCUCAAGAAAGUUUCAUUUCAAAAAGUUAAUAUUAAUAGAUAUAGAAGAAACUCUAGCGUUAAUGAAGAUGAUGUAAGAUUGCGAAGAGGUAACUUGGAAGAUUACAAUCUUUCCAACAAACGGAGCAAGAGCUUAACAAAUACAACCGAUGGAAGUUAUGCUAUCUACGACAUCAAUUUAAAUGAUAAUAAUGUUGACGAAAAUAGUAACCAAGAACCACAGAAAGUCAUUUGUAAAGUUUAUGAAGAUCGCAAGCAAAGUAUCGAUAAUUCCGUAUCGAGCACCGAAAAGGAAUUUAUAGAAAUAGACAAAGCUACUAGAGAACUAGAAAGGGAAAUCAGUAAAUUAAAUUCAGCGUUAAACGACGAUGACUUAUCAUCGAUCAACGAUGGACGUCUAUCCGUUUCUGACAUAAAACGUAAAUUCGAUCGCAGUGACAUGUCAUCACCGAACCCGAUACCAAAGCCUAGAAGAAGUCACUACGGUGGAUCUAUUUCACCGAUUAAUAAUCCAGAAACGUAAACAGAACAAAUAAUAGUAAAUAAACAUAUUUAUGGAAAUAUAAAUAUAAAAAAAAACUUAAUUUUUGUUACAUGAGUAAUGUUUAGAUCUCAGUUUUAUUUCUUGAUAAAAAUUUUUUAAAUUUAAUUCAAUAAAAUUUCUAAGCCAAUCUAUUUCCGAUUAACGAAUGCGUUUUAAAUUAAAAUGAUAAUAAUUUAUAUCUAGUUAAUGACCAAUACAAUUAAUAACCUUAUUAGGAAAAGUUUUUAAUUCAAGAGGUUUAUAAUAAGGUAUCUAUUAAAUAAUAGUUCCUUUGGAAUUUUGUCAAUGUAUAUAUUCGUCUGUUAACGGUUAUAAAAUAAAUUUAAAAAAAUACAUAGUGAUUAUUUCUAUUACGUAAUUGUAAUUGUCGCGUUGAUAUAAAAAAAAUCAUUCCAGAGAGAAGACAUCAUUGUUAAAUUUUUCGCCAUUUUGUAUUAGACAAUAUUUUUUUAAAUAAUUACGAUAUUUGAAACUCAUUAUAGAACAAGUUACCUACAUAAGUCAUAAAUUCAUAAUACAAAGUAGAUUAAGACCUUGUGAUAAUUAACUUCUUAUAAUUCUUGAGACUUUAUCACAUUUUUUAGAACCAAAGCAUGUAUUAUUUAAUUGGAAAAUAUAUUUAUUAAUACAUGUGUUUUUGAUACUAUUUAACCAAUGUGAUGUAUAGAUUACUAUUUAUAUUAUGUUGGGUUUUAACAGUUUGUUAUUUAAUAAAUUAUGAUUUUGAAAUAAAAAGAUAUGUUUUAGAUGUAUAAAAUAAUUUUAUGUAUAAAUGUGAACAUUAUAAAUAAUAUGCUACUUAGCAAUUCCUAUAAACUACUAAUCCUUGCUUUUUUAUAUUUAAUAAACCUGGGAAGGUUAGAACUAACUGUAGAGACCAAAACUUUGUAUUCCUUUGGGAGCUUUCGCUGCUGUCGUGACUGAAAAAGAAAAAUAUAUUUAUAUGUAAUCAAGAAUAACUGCUUUUUAUAAAAUAUUACUUUCUUCACACACAUUUUGAGGCCAGUGGGUGCUUUUUCUACUAAUGAAUCCAAAAUAUUAUUUGGUCCAAGAAUCAAACCAAGGAUAUGUCUAUACACCUAACAUCUAAGCCAUGCAGGCUAAGGUAUUUUAUUAUUUUAUAGUUACAACAUUAAGAAUGUUCAAAUUUAUUUUGAACAUUCUUAAUGUUGUUCUUCCCAAUACAAAUUUGAAAUUUGUAUUGGGAAGAUAGACAAUACUUAUUCACUUACUUUAUUUUUAAAUAUUGGACCUAAAAUGCCUAAUUUCUCAACAAGUUUCACUUUUACUGCUAUUUCAUCUGUCUCAUCUUCCGAGUAUAAAUCCACAAGCGUGUCUAUAGCUUCAGCAAGAACCCAAACUUCAUUCUCCUUAUGUGCUUGAUCCAAUAAAAAUUCAGUUAUUGUACAUAUAACUGCAGUA